GCCAAGCCCCGGCAGAGCCCCACCGAGCCCCAGUCCAUGGUGAAGCGGCUGCCGGAGCACGUGCAGGUGGAUGACCCCGCUGCCCAGAGGAAACUGGCCAAGAAGCUGGAGCGGCAGCAGGUCCCUCUGAGGCAGGACUAUGGCACCAAGGUCAACCUGUUCUCCCACCUCCACCAGUACAGCAGGAAGAAGCCACUGACGCAGCAGAUGAGCAUCCCCUCCACAGUGAUCCAUCCAGCUGUGGUGCGCCUUGGCCUCCAGUACUCCCAGGGCAUCAUCAACGGCUCCAACGCCCGCUGCAUCGCGCUGCUGGAAGUCUUCAAACAGCUGAUCCGGGAUUAUUCCACUCCCCCCAGUGAGGAGCUGUCACGGGACUUGGUGGCCAAGCUGAAGCCACAUAUCAGUUUCCUGAACCAGUGCCGGCCGCUCUCAGCUAGCAUGGGCAAUGCCAUCAAGUUCCUCAAGAAGGAGAUAUCAUGCCUGCCUGACACCCUGAGAGAGGAUGAGGCAAAAGAGAAGCUCCAGGACGUGAUCGACAAAUACCUGCGAGAGAAGAUUGUCCUGGCAGCUGAGGCCAUAUCGAGGUCUGCCUUUGAGAAGAUCAAUGACCAUGACGUGAUACUGGUGUAUGGAUGCUCCUCGCUGGUGAACCGGACGCUGUGCGACGCCCACGCCAAGAAGGGCCGCGCGUUCCGCGUGAUCGUGGUGGACAGCCGGCCGCGCCUGGAGGGGCGGGAGACGCUGCGCCGCCUGGUCCGCAGGGGCAUCCACUGCACCUACGUCAUGAUCAACGCCAUCUCCUACGUGCUGCCCGAGGUGUCCAAAGUGCUGCUGGGAGCCCACGCGCUCCUGGCCAAUGGCUCUGUCAUGUCCCGCGUGGGCACCUCGCAGAUCGCCCUGGUCUCCAAGGCCUACAACGUGCCAGUCCUGGUCUGCUGCGAGACCUACAAGUUCUGCGAGCGGGUGCAGACGGAUUCUUUUGUCUCCAACGAGCUGGAUGACCCUGAUGACCUGAUUGUGCUCCGGAAAGGCCAGGCCCAGCUUGGGGGCUGGGCAGAGAACAAGUCCCUACGCCUUCUUAACCUGGUCUAUGAUGUGACUCCCCCAGACCUGGUGGAUUUGGUCAUCACAGACUUGGGUAUGAUCCCCUGCACCUCAGUGCCUGUGGUCCUGCGUGUUAAGAAUGUGGAUCAGUAAUCGGGGCAGCUGCAUGGACACUAAUAAACCAGGCCCCCAGUACUCUGUGUGUGCCAUCUGUGGUGUGGCCAAGCCCUGGCACCCAUGUCAUCCGUCACCAGUGGCAC